UUUUGUUUAUCUUUGUGAUAGUUUCUAACUGUGUAUCUUUUUACAGUAGACAGUCAUGCAUAUCACUACAUUCAUUCUGAUGUCCUGGAUCACCGCCGGUGUAGUCCUCUCAUAUCCAGACAUUAUAUCCCGCAGCGACUGGGGUGCUCAAUCAGCUAGUAAAUACAUUCCUAACCUCAAACAUCCAGUUGAGUACGCAGUAAUUCAUCACACAGCUUCCUCAAGUUGCUCAACGAUCGAGAAAUGCAAAACGUAUGUUAGAAAUACACAAAGCGGUCACAUCGACGACCCAGAGAUUGGAUCUGAUAUCGCUUACAACUUUCUUGUCGAUAAAAAUGGUAACGUUUACGAAGGAAGAGGCUGGGAUAAGGUUGGUUACCACUGUGGUGACUGGGGCAUUAACAGUAACAGCAUUGGAAUAGCUGUCAUUGGGAAUUUCAUGACUAGAGAGCCAAGUGCAGAAGCCCAAGAUGCCGUAAAGAGUCUUCUCGAAAUGGCAGUAUAUAAAAGAAAACUUGAUUCCACGUAUAAGCUACGUGGUCACCGUGAUGUUAAUGGUUCUGCCUGUCCAGGAGAUAAAUUUUACAACCUGAUUAAAUUAUGGCCACAUUUUAAUAAUUAGAAUAAUAAAAUAGACACUUUAUUACGUAAAAAAGAUAAGAAAAUGGUAUACCAAAACGCAAUAGUAUAAUCGUUAGACUAUGACUUGUUUAAGAACAGAAUCACCUUAAAGGGCGGUGAAUAGUUUAUGAAAUCGACAACAUGAGAGAAGAUGUUUUAAAUGGCGAAGAACCAACGAGUACUACUUGUAUAUCUGUAGCAAACUGCUGAUUAAGAAAUGUCGGAAAGAAUACGAUGCGGUGUUAUGCCUGCUGAAUAAUUUUACAAGAGCGAAGCGAGUGAAUUAUUUCUCGCGGCAUAUAUUCAAAAACAUGAUCCUUUUAUAUUUUAUUUCAAUUCUAAUGAGCCGUUUCUAUAAUAAAAAAUAAAUGAAAAAGGUACCUACUAUUUCAAGUCGAAGUAACGUGAACGCGUAACCGUGUUUCAAUCGAGUUAAAACACGGGAGGAAAACACCACUCGCGGAUUGACUUAAGAGUGUGUAGACGUCCAGUGAGUUAAUCUGCACAAUUUGUCAUUGAAUUUGUCACCGUUCUGUUACUUCUAUUCUAGAAUAGUAUGCCAAAUUCGGUAGCAUUUUUCUCAGUGCUUGUAUGAUAUGUUGGCGUUGCGUUCUUAUGGCAUUGUUUUCAUAAAACUCUUUUUUUUUCAUUUUAGAAAAAUAGUUAAACUGAUCAGAUUUUCAUCGUUUUGAUUGUUGUAUGAUUUGAAUUUUGAUCCCAAGAUAUGUUGUACUUGCACUUGUUUUAGGUUAUACAGUGAUAUGCUUUAAAACGCUCACUUAUAUAACUCUGAAAUAUUCUAGUUCGAAGUAUAGAUUUAAAUGAUUUCCGUAGAGCUUUAUGAUACAAAAUAAAAACAUUCUGGACUUAUUCGCGUUUCAACGAAAUGCAUUGUCAUAAUCAUUGUUUCACACCUUGACUUUGUACAAAUGUUUGUUUCUUGCCAAAAAUUGUUUCACCAAGUAUUGUUUAUGACCUUGAUAUCUUUUUAAUGAUAAAUUUGGACAUUAUGAAAUAAAUAAAAUAGAAUAUGUU